AUGGGAUUGAGACCAGCCUCGCUCUUCGAUUCCGAGAUUCGCCACCGGAGGUUCUCGGCGAUGAUGGCGGAUGAGGGAUUCGGUUACUCGUGCUUCUUGGAUGGUGACGGGGACGCCGCCGAUGACGAUAAGUUCUGCAUCGAUCUGGAAACCGUUAUGAGCGUUCUGGACGAGGAUACCGAUCCUUCCGAGAGUAGUCCUGAGGAUUUUUCAUUGAAAAAUAUUUCACCCGGUGAAUCUGGCAUCCAUGAUAAUUUUCUUCUCCAAAAUGGGAAUUCUGUGCUUGAAUGUGUACAUGAAAACCAGGGACCUUCACCACAGACUUUCUCUUCCUCAAAUGCUCUUGCUGGUGGUUACAGGGACCAUGAAAGUGAUGAUUUUUGCUUCACAGAAAGGACAGGAGUUUCUAAUUGUGAGGUGCCUGCUUAUAUUGCAGGCACAAGGUUUCCUGAUCCAGAGGUGAAUUCAAGCAAUGUAGCUGUAUGCGGAGAUGGUUUGAAACUGACUAUGUGGAAGUGUGAAAAUGAUAGCCAAAUCAAGCAUGUAGGAUAUGGUGCAAAAUCCGAAUAUGCUUCACACGACUCUAUCAAUGAGAAUAUGGAUGCAAAAUUUGACAAUCAUGAAGCCUAUAUGAAAGACAGCAUUGGACCUUCUGGUAAACAGGAAAAUGACUCCUGUACAUCAUAUGAAAUGUCGUUUGCAGAUGCUGAUAGAUCAUCACAUGUUGCAACUUCAACUGAUUCUUCUAUUUGCCAAGGUUCCAAUGUUCCCAGUGAUUUUAGUGACUAUUAUCCAUCUUUUAAUAUUUACCAAAGUAUGGAUGAUAGACCUGUUGUUGGCAACACUUCUGGUUGUUUGUUUGAUGGUGUUUAUCCUAACGUGUGGGAAAAUGAAAGAAUGAUGACGAACAUGAAGGUUACUAAAAUGGAGUUAUUUACUGAUACAAGUGGUGGCAUGCAUUCCAUCAUUAAUGGUGGAAUAUCUUUUCAAGAUACUCAAUAUACGUACCCAGAUAGUAAAUAUGCAUCAUUUUUUCCUGGUAAUGCUCUAUUUGAAGACAGUGCAUCAGUGCAACACUCAACUUGUGCUUCAUAUGUUUCCCUUGAAGGUCAAUCACUUAAUGGCAAAGCAGAACGAGACGAAGUGUUUAUACCUUACCAAAAUUGUGCUCACAGUGAUGAUGCUGAGUUCAAUGUUGGUCAAGAGAUGAAACAACUAUCUGGUGCUUUCCCUGUUGUUGGAUCUCUGGGUAAUGAUUUAUUCAAGUGCGAGGAUGGUGUUACAUUUUCAACGACUGAGAAACCCAAAUAUUAUCAAUCUGCUAUUGAUGGAGCUGCCAAUUACUUUCCAGGAAAUAUGGGAAAUUUAAAUUUAAAACCAUUUGACAAAUCUUUGUAUAAUGUCCAGCCAUCAAUUGCCAGUGGGAAGCGGUAUAACUGUGUUAUGAGUGAAGAAGAAGGCAAAACAAUUGAGCAUAGAAGUAUUGAUUCUCAGCUUUCAAAAGGAAGUAUUGACAGAUCCAAUGUUGAGGAUGAUUAUGAUGUUUGCAUCAUUGAAGACAUGAGUCACCCUGCACCUAUAAGUAGAUCAGCAGAGCUUGGGAAUUCCCUUAAUACAUCACAAUCUUUUAGAGGUGGUUACACUCAUUCUCAUAUGGUGGGAGGUAUGAGACCCAAGGCGCGUGACGAGCAGUACAUAUUACGAGUUGCAUUGCAGGAUCUAUCCCAACCAAAAUCAGAGGUUAGUCCACCAGAUGGACUGCUUGCAGUUCCUCUUUUACGACAUCAGAGAAUUGCUUUAUCAUGGAUGGUUCAGAAGGAAACUUCAAGUUUAUACUGUUCUGGAGGAAUUCUUGCAGAUGAUCAGGGUCUUGGGAAAACAGUAUCGACCAUUGCUUUAAUAUUAAAGGAAAGACCUCCAUUGCUGAAUAAAUGCAACAUUGCAAAGAAAAGUGAAUUAGAAACUUUGAAUCUGGAUGCAGAUGAUGAUCAGCUUCCUGAGAGUGGUGUAGUGAAGAACGAAUCUAAUAUGGGUCAGGAUUUGUCUAGCAGAAAUCCAAAUAAGAACACAAAUUUGUUACUGCAUGUAAAGGGAAGGCCAUCUGCAGGAACCCUUAUUGUUUGUCCAACUAGUGUCUUGCGGCAAUGGGAUGACGAGUUGCACAAUAAGGUAACUGACAAAGCACAUCUUUCUGUGCUAGUGUACCAUGGUAGCAAUCGAACAAAAGAUCCUUAUGAACUUGCCAAGCAUGAUGUUGUUCUGACGACUUAUUCAAUUGUCAGCAUGGAGGUCCCUAAGCAGCCUCUAGUUGACAAAGAUGAUGAAGAAAAAGGAACUUAUGAUGAUCCUGCAAUAUCCAGUAAGAAAAGGAAAUGCCCUCCUAGUGCUAAAAGUAAGAAGAAGGGAUUGGACGGUGUGAUGCUUGAAUCUGUUGCUCGACCUCUUGCAAAAGUGGCUUGGUUUAGAGUUGUCCUGGAUGAGGCCCAGAGUAUCAAGAACCACAGAACUCAAGUUGCAAGGGCCUGUUGGGGUCUUAGAGCCAAGCGUAGAUGGUGCUUAUCAGGGACUCCUAUCCAGAAUGCAAUUGAUGAUCUCUAUAGCUACUUUAGAUUUUUAAGAUAUGACCCUUAUGCUGUGUAUACAUCAUUCUGCUCUACAAUUAAGAUCCCUAUCAGCAAAAGUCCAUCAAAGGGAUAUAGAAAGCUACAAGCUGUCUUAAAAACAAUCAUGUUACGUCGCACAAAAGGCACACUUCUUGAUGGGGAGCCUAUCAUUUCCUUGCCACCUAAAUCUGUUGAGUUGAAAAAAGUGGAAUUUUCACAGGAAGAGCGUGAUUUCUAUUCUAGACUAGAGGCUGAUUCCCGAGCACAGUUUCAGGAAUAUGCUGAUGCUGGAACUGUGAAGCAAAACUAUGUUAACAUUUUGUUGAUGCUUUUGCGUCUUAGACAAGCAUGUGAUCAUCCUCUCCUUGUCAAACGUUACAAUUCUAACUCUCUCUGGAAAUCUUCAGUUGAGAUGGCGAAGAAGCUUACUGAGGAAAAGCGGUUAUCUCUUCUAAAUUGUUUAGAAGCUUCUUUGGCCCUCUGCGGCAUCUGUAAUGAUCCUCCUGAAGAUGCUGUUGUUUCAGUUUGUGGUCAUGUUUUCUGUAACCAGUGCAUUUGUGAACAUCUUACUAGUGAUGACAAUCAGUGCCCUGCUACAAACUGUAAAAUUCGACUAAGCAUGUCUUCAGUUUUCUCCAAAGUCACGUUGAAUAGUUCUUUUUCUGAUCAGGCUUGUGAUAAUAUGCCUGGUUACUCUGGUUGUGAAGUGGAUGAAUCUGAAUUUUGUUCUCAGAGUCAGCCAUACAACUCUUCAAAAAUUAAGGCUGCACUUGAGGUGUUGCAGUCUUUGUCUAAACCCCAGUGCUGUGCUUCCCAAAACAAUUCUCUGCAGAGCAGUUUUGGGGAAAGUACUGAUUGCCUUGUCACCGCAUCUUGUUCUGACCAAAAUAAAUCCUUAAAUGAAUAUCCUGAGAGUCAAAAUGUGUUAGAGAAAAGCUCUAAUAAUUCAGUUGGUGGUGAGAAAGCUAUAGUGUUUUCUCAGUGGACUAGGAUGCUAGAUUUACUCGAAGCAUGUCUGAAGAAUUCUUCGAUCCAGUAUAGAAGACUUGAUGGAACAAUGUCUGUCACUGCAAGGGAUAAAGCUGUUAAAGAUUUUAACACUCUCCCUGAGGUUUCAGUUAUGAUUAUGUCUUUGAAGGCUGCUAGUCUUGGUCUGAAUAUGGUUGCUGCCUGCCAUGUUCUUAUGCUAGAUCUUUGGUGGAAUCCUACAACUGAAGAUCAGGCUAUAGACAGAGCACAUCGUAUCGGACAGACUCGUCCAGUCACAGUCUUGCGGUUAACUGUUAGAGAUACAGUUGAGGACCGUAUUUUAGCUCUACAGCAAAAAAAGCGAAAAAUGGUUGCAUCUGCCUUUGGCGAGGAUGGAACUGGUGGUCGUCAAAGUCGCCUUACAGUGGAUGAUCUAAAAUACUUGUUCAUGAUGUGA